AUGCUCAACAUCCAGACGCCGUCUGAGGAGCAGGUCCAGCAGCAGGCUUCCAUAUACGACUACACGUACAGCUCGACGAGCGCGCUGGCGGCUCAGGACCGGUUCGGUGACAAUGUUCGCCGCAUGGACCGCAAGUUCACCAUGUUCGGCAAGGCGUCCUACCAGGCCACCAACAUCCUGGAGCGUCAUCUGGUGAUUGGCCAUGCUUACAACAUGGAGGAGCUGGUACGUCUGUCGCUGCAGGAGGGCGGCGUCAAGACCUUCAAGACCCUCUUCCACGUGGAGAACGUGCCUGGCACGUCAGCGCUCGGUGCUCCAAUGAAUGAAUAUGUCAUCAAGUGGGAGGGCAUGCAGGCGCGCGUCACGCGCACCAACGUCGAGUGCACCAACGGGUACAUCCACGUCAUCGACGGAGUCAUGAUGCGGGCGCGUGACGUCACCACCAGCGGAGCGCCGGCGGCGGCGUACAUGGCGCUGCGGUAG